AUGAAGGUGUCCGUGUUGUCGGUGUUGUUGACAGCACUCUUCCUCCCCUUCGUCGCCCAUGCCAGAAGAACACUUUCCGCCACCUCCUUGGUGACGUGUAUGGAGAACUCCCAGAUCUCCCCCACCUACUUCAACGUCACCUUUAACCCUGACGACAGGUCGUUGAAGUAUUCGCUCGACUUAUCCACCAGUUUGAGUUCCAAGGUCAUUGCCGAGGUCGAGGUCUAUGCCUACGGGUUCAUGAUUAUCCACAAAACUGUCGACUUGUGUGAUCUUGGCUGGAAGCAGUUCUGCCCCAUCUUCCCCGGUACCAUGCAAGUGGAGUCCAUCGAGUACAUCUCCAAAACCUACGUCGACGAAAUCCCGGGAAUCGCGUUCUCCGUGCCGGACAUCGACGCCGUGGUCAAGGUUUUUGUCCGUGAUGCCGACACCGGAGUCCAGCUCUCAUGUCUCCAGUCCUCGUUUUCCAACGGUAAGACCAUCAACCAAACUGGGGCUAAGUGGGCCACUGCAGUCAUUGCUGGUUUGGGUCUUUUGAUCGCCGCCAUCAUGUCCACUUUCGGCAACUCCAAUGCAGCAUCUCACAUCUCAGCUAACUCGGUGUCUCUUUUCUUGUACUUCCAAAGUGUGGUCGUGGUUUCUAUGCAGCAUGUCGAGAGAAUCCCUCCCAUCGCCUCCUCGUGGUCUGAAAAUUUGGCCUGGUCUAUGGGUUUGAUCAGAGUGGGGUUCAUGCAAGAUAUCUUCAGGUGGUACGUCCAGCUGACUGGUGGUACUCCUACUCUUUUCUUGAAGGGUACCACCAGACAAAUCUUGGUUCAAAGAGCUUACAACUACUUGUCUGAGUUGCACAAGAGGGCCACCGACAUCAGUUUGAAAUCGAACGUUAACUUGAUCGUCAUGAGAGGUAUCAAAAGAGUCGGUUACAAUGCCCGUAUUGAGUCCACCUCCAUCGUCACUACUGGAUUCACCUUCUUCUUCAUCAUUGGUUACAUUUUGGUGGCUGUUUUGGUGAUCUUCAAGUCUGUUGUGGAUUUGUUGGUCAGAUUCAACAAGAUCAAUCCAAACAAGUUCUAUACCUUUAGAACCUCCUUCAGUGUUAUUUUAAAGGGUAGUCUUCUUAGGUACAUUUACAUUGGUUUCACCCAACUAAUGAUCUUUUCACUUUGGGAGUUCACUCAAAAUGACUCCCCAGCGGUUAUUGUUCUUGCUGUCCUCUUCAUUCUUCUUGCAUUGUCAGUUAUCGGACUUUCAUAUUACAAGACCAUUCAAUUUGGAAGGCGUUCUAUUCAACAGUACAACAACCCUGCAGCUUUGUUAUACGGUGAUCCAAGAAUUUUGAACAAGUAUGGUUUCUGUUAUACUAUGUUCCAUGCUGAAAAGUACUGGUUCGGAAUUGUCCUUAUUGGCUACAACCUUUUGAAAGCCAUUUUCAUUGCUUUAUGCCAAGCAUCCGGAAAGGCCUCAGUGGUGGUAUUAUUCAUCCUCGACUUAGCCUACACCAUUUUCUUGAUUUGGCAAGCUCCUUACUUGAACAAACCAACAAAUGUUUUGAACUAUUUAAUUUCGGUUGUCACUACCAUUAACUCCUUCCUCUUCCUUUUCUUCUCUGAUUUAUUUGGUCAACCUGCUGCUGUGGCUUCCAUUAUGGGAUGGGUUUUCUUCAUCCUUAAUGCCGCUUUCUCGUUGAUCUUAUUGAUCUUGGUUAUUGUUUUUGUCGGAUUGAGUAUCAUCUCCAAGAACCCAGACGCCAGAUUCGCACCUGCCAAGGAUGAUAGAUUCUCUUUCCAGCAAAUGAAUUCUGCUAAACAAAGACAAGGUUUCAAUGAAAAGGAUGGUCAUGGCAAUCAAGAAUUAGCGGCUUUGGGUAUUGCAGCCCAGGAUCAUUCUAAUAACUGGGAGUCUGAAAUGUACAAAUUAAAUUCCCCAGGAAUUGAUGGAUCCAACAAUGAUAUGUUGACUCCUUCCAUGCGUCAAGAUGAUCACUUUGGAGAUACUUCAAGUGGUGAUAAGGAAGUCGAAGACUCGGAAGCUACUCUUAAUCACCAAUUACUGCAGAAAAGCAAUGGUGGUUCCUUGGGAGCUAAGCUUAAGAAUUUGACUCGUGGCUUAUCUAUGAGAUCCAAUAAAGAAAAGGCUGACGUCAGGGCCGAGGCACCAAAGCACAAGAAUAUCACAAGAUUGAGCGACACAUUGCCGGAUGCUAGUUCGAUGCCUUCACCAACUCAUAGUCAUAAACAUGAUUCCAACACCCCGAUAAACUCAAAUUGGGAAGUUUACAAUGAAGGCCACGAUGUGGUCGGAAAUGGAAGAUACAAUGAACCAAACUCACACAGCACUCAUAAUAGAAAUCAAUCUAACAUUUCAAACAUGUCUAUGGAGAAUGGGCCACAGCGUGCAAAGGGCUUUAUUUGA